CUUGCAUUGCAGCAGCGAGAUCGAUCGCGAGAACCUCACAGCUACCCUGCAGCUCCGAUCUUUUACCCCGCUUUGACUCCACUCUACCGCACUCCAGCCCAGCACAGCCCCCUGUUGUCUCCCACUGCAAGAAUCCGGCCGGCCGGCUACCACCUCCAGUCCCCCUCCUCCUGCUCCUCCCAACGCCUCUGCUAGUGCUAUAGCUAGCUCGAUCCACACGUCACCGCCGUGCCCACGCGCCUCAGCUUGUUCGUUAAGCUUGCCGGCCGCCCGGCGCCCGGCGUCCUCAUUCAUCGGGCGUCACACACCGGGCACCGUCCGCUGCUGCGAGCUCGCGCGCUGGGCCUGGCGGCGCGUCGGCGCGUGCCCGAAGCAUGAGGAGGCGGUGGUCCCGCGCCACGGUGCUCGCGUGCUUACUGCUCCUCGCGGCCGCCGCGUGCGUCGCCGAGUCGCGCGCGGUGCCCGCCGACGGGACCGGGACCGGAAACGCGACCGCGGCGGGCGGCGGCGGGAGGCAGCGGGCCGCGUUCGACGUCGUUGUCGUCGGACUCGUCAGCAUCGGGCUCGGCCGCCGGUGGCGCGCCGGCGGCGGCGAGAUGGUCGACGAGGACAAGCGCCGCGUGCCCACGGGGCCCAACCCGCUGCACAACCGAUGAGCGCCAUAGCACCGCACCGCGCCUGCCUGCCUAGGCGCCAUAGCUAGCUAGCUACUACCUUUAUGAUCGAGGUGCGGUCAUUACUGCGGCGACUGCGCUGCGUCGCUUGGCCGCCGGCACUCCGGCCGGUGGUGCGUCCGUUGUUGCCAUCACCGGCGGGGGCGCGCGCGCUGGUCAGGUCUCGCUCUCGCUCGCGCGCCCGUGCAUGGCGAGGUGGAGGAGAAGAAUGCGAAGGAGAAGAGAGGAGCGUGUUAGUAAUUUUUUUACUACUAUUCCCUUCUGCUUCCCUUUCUUCUCUUUUUCCCCUGCUAGUAUUUUUCCCCCCCUUCUUCUCUCGUCUGUUCUCGUGGCUGUUUUUUACCCUCUUGUAUUGAUUGGCUUGCCAAGCGAACAGCAAGGCUAUUCUGUUGAUUGAAAGAGAUAGAUAUAUGAGUAUAGUGUUUCUUGUUUGAAUUUCAAUUUGCUUGUAUUUGUAUAUAUUAUUAUCGAUUCUAUAUCAUGUUUGCAUCUCCUAGACCAAGGCCAGUGUAAAAAUGUUCGUAUGGGCAUCCUUUUUGUAGUACUCCUAUUAAAUUUCUGGUAUUCCAUUAAGUUUCCACUA